CUGGGGCAUUAAAUACUAUAAUAGAGAUCGCGUUGAUCCCAACAGCCGAAAUUUUGGUGAUUUUGAGACAUAAAACUCCUAAAAAUCCAGCUUAAUUGACAUGGGUGGUGUUGGACGUUCGACAUUUUUUGCAUCUAAUUCAGUGAACUCUCGCAGCGGGAGAUACAAAGCUUUUCUGAGCGGGAGGUCGAAUUGGUAACUAUGUUUAAUACAAUUCAGAAUAUAAUAUGACAUAUCUGUCUGACCAUUCCUUUUAAAUGGUCGCUAUUACUGGUGCUUAAAGUUUGACUUCACCGUCGUUAUCAUUUAUUUGUCAAUAUUUUCUUUUGAAACUUGUGUAUGUUGUUUUAUUUCAGAUUUGAAUACCGGCUGGGUUAUUCUUGGUUGCAGCAAAUUUAGUUUCGCCCCUCCCCCUGUUUUUGUAUUUAGUGACAGCUUAAGCAGCCAAAAUAUUUCAUCAGACUCAUUUAUAUUUACUUCCCUGGCGUAAAGACGCGUUACAGUCUGCUAAUCACUCCUUUAAACUUUAACUGACUUUUUUCCUUUCAAAUGUCCACUUUUCGAAGAAUUGGUAAAAGGCUUGUUAUGGUCGGUGCACUAUCUGGUGUUAGUGCCGCAUUCCUUCUUGAAGCUAUUCCAAAAAUUAAUGAGGCCAGAAGAAUGAAGGCUUUACAAUCAAAACCCAAGCCUUCAAAAGAAGAAAUAGAACGCUUUGAAAAACCUUUACCAACUCGUGAUGAACAACUGAAACGUAUGGCUUCAGGUGAAACCUUUGACGUUUUGAUAAUUGGUGGUGGAGCAACAGGUGCCGGUAUCGCAGUUGACGCUGCAUCUAGAGGCUUAUCAACUUGUCUCAUCGAAAGAUUGGAUUUCGCUUCGGGUACAUCUUCUCGAUCAACUAAACUCAUUCAUGGUGGUGUUCGAUAUCUACAAAAGGCUAUAUUUAACUUCGAUAUAGAACAAUUUCGUAUGGUCAAUGAAGCGCUUAAUGAACGAUCAAAUCUAAUUGAUAUAGCUCCACACUUAGCUUAUCCAUUACCAAUUAUGUUACCGAUUUACAAAUGGUGGCAACUUCCAUACUACUGGGCUGGUAUUAAAAUGUAUGAUUUAAUAUCUGGUUCUCAAAUUCUGAAAGCUAGUUAUUACUUGAGUAAAUCACAAGCAUUAGAACGUUUCCCUUUAUUGAAACGUGAUAAAUUAGUCGGAGGGUUGGUAUAUUAUGAUGGUCAACAAGAAGAUGCUCGUAUGUGUUUGAGUAUAGCUUUGACAGCAGCUCGUUACAAUGCUGCAAUUGCUAAUUAUGUUGAAGCUGUUGAACUCAUUAAAAAAUCACCUCAAACAAAAUCAAUUUCUUUGAAAUCAACACUAGAGAGUACUCCUGAAUCAACACCUAUCGUAUCAGGUGCACGUGUUAAAGAUCGUUUAACUGGUAAAGAGUUUACAAUUAAUGCUCGUUGUGUUAUUAAUGCUACUGGACCAUUCACUGAUAGUAUACGACAAAUGGAUGAUAAAAAAUUGCCAGCUAUUUGUCAACCAAGUUCAGGAGUUCAUAUUAUUCUUCCUGGUUAUUAUAGUCCUACAAAAAUGGGCUUACUGGAUCCAGCUACACGUGAUGGUCGUGUCAUUUUCUUUUUACCAUGGAUGAAUUUUGCACUGGCUGGUACAACUGAUUCUGAAUGCGCUGUUUCUGAUCAACCUUCACCAUCUGAAGCUGAAGUGAAUUUCAUUCUUGAAGAAAUUAGCAGUUAUCUUUCACCAGAAAUACAAGUUCGUCGUGGCGAUGUACUUUCAGCAUGGGCAGGUAUUCGACCACUUGUUCGUGAUCCAAAUUCUUCUGAUACUCAAUCAAUUGCACGUAAUCAUAUUAUUGAUGUUUCACCGUCAAAACUGAUAACAAUUGCUGGAGGAAAAUGGACAACUUAUAGAAAUAUGGCAGAAGAGACUGUAGAUAAGGCAAUCGAGGUGUGUGGUCUUAAACCAAAAAGUCCAUGUCGUACUAAAGGUCUACUCUUAGAAGGUGCUCAUAAUUGGUCACCGAAUUUAUUUAUACAAAUUGUUCAAGAAUAUGGUAUGGAUGUUGAUGUAGCUCGUCAUUUAACUGGUAUCUAUGGUGAUAAAGCCAUAACUAUUGCAAAUAUGUCAAAAUUAACUGGUUUUAGAUGGCCAAUAUUGGGUAAAAAGUUACAUCCUGAAUUCCCUUUCAUUGAAGCAGAAGUUGAAUAUGCUUGCCGAGAAUAUGCUUGUCAUGCAGUUGACUUUCUUGCUCGUCGUACUCGUUUAGCCUUCUUAAAUGUUCAAGCAGCUCAAGAGGCUUUACCAAGAAUUGUUGAAUUAAUGGGUCAGCAUUUAAAGUGGAGUAAUGAAAGAAAAAAACAAGAAAUGAAAGAAGCGGAAGAGUUCCUAAACGCAGAGAUGGGUCUUAAUCUACGCGUAAUGGAUAGUGUUCGUAUGAAGUUGACUAUUAAUGAAAUUGAUGAUUUACUGCACAGUUUUCGUAAACUUGAUCAUGAUACUAAAGGUUACAUUUCAUUGAAUGAUUUACGCAAAUUUUGUACUGAAUCUGGUGAGCAAAUCAGUGAAGAGAUACUGCAGUCCACUUUGAAUACAAUGGAUCUUAAUAAAAAUGGACAAGUUGAUAUGGCAGAAUUUUUACAUUUCAUGAGUGCAGUAAAAUCUGGUGUUGUUGUAAAUUCACCAUUCAAGAAAGUACUCAAUCGUACACGAAUUCCUGUUUACAGAAGUGGUGGUGGCGUGUAGAAAGAAAAACCAGACAGAAAAACAUGCAAACAAACACAAAAAACGAAUUAUUCCCUCUUCUACACUCUUUUUUUGGUUUUCUUCGAAGAAGAUUAAUCCCCUCCCCCCUCUUAUUGAUGUAUUUUCAUUUUUUUUUAAUUUCUUUUUCUUUAUUGACCAACCUUCAUAGUGUAUUCCAGUAUGUGUGGGUGUGUGCGACUGUGCUGUCUUCAUAUUAACGAAGAUGACGUAAGAAAGUACUUUUGUUCUUUAACUAAUGAUUAUUAUUUGCAUGUGUUACCAGAUAGAUUAUGAGACAAAUGGAUUAUUAUUAUUAUUAUUAUUACUGUUGAACACUUUAUUUGCAUCGUUUUUGUGUUCAUUUCAGCGGAUUUAUUAUGCUUAAUUGUCUGCAAAUGAUAGCAAACGGUGUAGGUUUGCGUUUAUGCGUGACUUUUGUAUUGAAGGAUGAAAUCAACACCCACACACACGCACGAACACAUCAUACUCCCCUCACAUAUUUUACUUUUACCAAUUAGUUAUAUUCUCAUUGGCUAAUAGAAUUGUAAUUUCCCAUUUCUAUGCUUUUUAUAUCAUUAUGAACUUCCUUCUCUUUUUAUUUACUUCAUCUCCCAGUAGUAGCGGUAGUAGUAAUCGUCACUUUCAUCGUUUCAGCUGCUUGUUGUUGCUGUUGAAGUGUAUUGCUCACUGCCUCUUUUGCGUACGUACGCCACCAAGUCAAUAGUACUUCUACGAUAAACAUAUACAACUGUUUUAUGUUGACUAAGGAAAAUGUCUUUUUUUUAGAGAUUUUGUUUUACUCCUUUUAUGAAAUAUUAUUAUUAUUACUUUCUUCGGUUUAAGUACUAUUUUGUUUUUGAAGGAAAGAUACCUUUGGUAACUUUCUUCUAGUUGUGUAUAUAUAAUAUAUACAUGUGAGUCUAUAUAUAUGCAUAUAUAUACUCAUUAUAGAAUUAAUAAAUUUCGAUAACUUUCCCGCAUAUUAA